GUCCUUCGUUAGCUCCGCGCACAACACGUGGUGGCCUGUGCCGCCAAGUGCCCAGCAGCAGCAUCAGCAACCACGUGCGUGCAUCGCCCACCACGGCCUCAAGGAUGUCUCGCAAAAAGGUGGACAACCGCAUCCGAGUUCUGAUAGAGAAUGGAUUCAGCCAGAAGUACAGAACCCUCUUUGUGGUUGUGGGAGACAAGGGAAAAGACCAGGUUGUUAUUUUACAUCACAUGUUGUCAAAGGCUGCGGUCAAAGCCCGCCCAUCAGUGCUGUGGUGCUACAAGAAAGAGCUGGGUUUCAGCAGCCACCGGAAAAAGAGGAUGCGCCAGCUUCAGAAGAAACUGCAGACAGGAACGCUGGAUGUGAAGCACGAUGAUCCAUUUGAACUGUUCGUGGCAGCGACCAACAUCCGAUACUGCUACUACAACGAGACGCACAAGAUUUUGGGAAAUACCUUUGGCAUGUGCGUGCUGCAGGAUUUUGAGGCGAUGACACCAAAUCUGUUGGCCAGAACGAUUGAAACGGUCGAGGGUGGAGGACUUGCUGUCAUCUUGCUCAGGACAAUGAACUCACUCAAGCAACUGUACACCAUGACCAUGGAUGUCCACACUCGGUUUAGGACGGAGUCGCAUCAAGAUGUGGUCGGAAGAUUCAAUGAGAGAUUCAUCUUGUCUUUGGCCUCGUGCAAGACAUGCAUGGUGAUCGACGACCAGCUGAAUAUCCUUCCCUUGUCGACCCACACCCUCUCCAUCAGUCCUCUGCCUCCAAAGCCACAGGAUGAAAGCCUGAGCCCAAGUGAAAUUGAACUCGGUGACCUGAAGGAGUCUCUUCAAGACACCCAGCCUGUGGGUGUGUUGGUCAGCAGCUGCAAAACGCUUAAUCAGGCGAAGGCAGUCCUGAAGUUCAUCGAGGCCAUCUCGGAGAAGACGCUGCGCAGCACUGUAGCCCUGACGGCCGCUCGUGGUCGGGGGAAGUCCGCCGCCAUGGGUUUGGCCAUCGCCAGUGCCGUGGCCUUCGGGUAUUCCAACAUCUUUGUGACCUCGCCAAGCCCAGACAACCUGCACACGCUGUUUGAGUUUCUCUUCAAGGGCUUUGAUGCCUUGCAGUACCAGGAACACUUGGAUUAUGAGAUCAUUCAGUCCACCAACCCGGAGUUCAACAAAGCUAUUGUGAGAGUCAACGUCUACAAAGAACACAGGCAGACCAUCCAGUACAUCCAUCCUGGGGACGCAGCCAAACUGGGCCAAGCAGAACUGGUGGUGAUUGACGAGGCAGCUGCCAUUCCUCUUCCGCUUGUUAAGAGCCUACUCGGCCCAUACCUGGUCUUCAUGGCGUCUACCAUUAACGGGUACGAAGGCACUGGUCGCUCCCUCUCGCUCAAGUUGAUCCAGCAGCUGAGACAGCAGAGCUCCCAGAGCCAGGUGACAAUGAAGGCGGAAAACAAGAACACAGCCGUGAGCAAGCUCGCGUCAGCACGGACCCUCCACGAAGUCACGUUGGACGAGUCGAUUCGCUACGCGCCCGGAGAUCCCGUGGAGAAAUGGCUGAACGACCUGCUGUGUCUCGACUGCCUCAACAUCCAGCGUGUGUCCGUGGGAUGCCCUGUCCCUGACACUUGUGACCUUUACUAUGUGAACCGUGACACGCUGUUCUGCUAUCACAAAGCAUCGGAGGCUUUCCUGCAUAGGCUAAUGUCUCUCUACGUAGCCUCACAUUACAAGAAUUCGCCAAACGACCUGCAGAUGCUCUCCGACGCGCCCGCGCACCAUCUCUUCUGCCUGCUGCCGCCAGUGCAGGCCACUCAGAACGCCCUGCCAGAGGUCUUGGCCGUCAUUCAGGUUUGCCUAGAGGGUGAAAUCUCGCAGCAGUCCAUAAUGAGCAGCUUGGCGCGGGGCAAGCGAGCAGCGGGAGACCUUAUCCCAUGGACGAUUUCGGAGCAGUUCCAAGACCCUGACUUUGGGAGCUUGUCUGGGGGAAGAAUAGUGAGGAUCGCUGUCCACCCAGACUACCAAGGGAUGGGAUAUGGCAGCCGGGCUCUGCGUCUCCUGCAGAUGUAUUACGAAGGGAAGUUCCCGUGCCUGGACGAGACGGCGUCGCAGACACAGGGCCAUAUCUCCUCCAUCGCCAGCGACGCGGUGGGGCUGCUGGAGGAGACGUUGACGCCCAGGAGAGACCUUCCACCACUCCUGCACAAGCUCAGCGAGCGUCCUACCGAGAGGCUUGACUACCUGGGCGUCUCGUUCGGCCUCACGCCGCAGCUGCUCAAGUUUUGGAAGCGAUCGGGCUUCACCCCCGUUUACCUGCGGCAGACCCCCAACGACUUGACGGGAGAACACUCGUGCAUCAUGCUUAAAGUGCUGAAUGAGGACGAGCAGAUGGAGAGGCCCGAAAACUGGCUCGCGGCGUACUGGAAAGACUUCCGACGGCGGUUCGUGACGCUGCUUUCAUACCAGUUCAGCGGCUUCCUGCCAGCCGUCUCUCUCAACAUCCUGCAGAACCGUAACGUGAAAGAGAAACCGGCUCAAGCACUCAGCAAGUCCGAGUUGGAGGCGACCUUCAGCCCGUACGACCUCAAGCGCCUGGAGAUGUACUCUCGCAACAUGGUGGAUUACCACCUCAUCAUGGACCUGGUGCCAGGCAUCGCUCGCCUCUACUUCACCCACCGGCUGCCCGACAUGUCGCUGUCUGCUGCCCAGCUCGCUCUGCUGCUGGGCGUCGGGCUGCAGCACAAGGCUGUCGAGCAGCUGGAGAAGGAGAUUGACCUUCCCGUCAGCCAACUUAUGGGGCUUUUCAACCGCAUCAUGCGCAAGGCCGUGCAGGUAUUCACCGCCAUCCAGGAGACAGCCAUCGAGGAGCAGAUGACAAAGGUCAAGGAGGUGGUGAUGGAGCCUACAGUCAAAUCCCUGGCCGAGGACCUGGAGGACGCAGCCAAGGAGUUUGCAGAGAAGCACAAGAAGGACUUGGUCCAAAUAAAGGACAUGAACCUCACAGAGUACGUGAUUCGCGGGGACGACAAGGAGUGGAAUGAGGCGCUCAAGAAGGUUGGAUCAAGCGCCAGUGUCGUCAGCAUCACCGGGGAAAAGAGGAAAUCUGCCGAGAAGGACUCUUCACACGACCACAAGAGCAAGAAGUCCUUCCAGAAGGGCAAGCCUGGAAAACCUGGAAAACCUGGGAAACCUGGGAAACCCGGGAAACAUGGUGGCCCAGCCAAAGCCGGCGGCAAAUCCCGGGGCGGUUUUAAAAAACAGAAGUGAAAGAAGUAAAUGUCCUAAUUAGUGGAAAAUAUUCUUUUGCUUUUAACCAUUUUUAUAUUAUUGAUAUUGUCAAUAAUGUCUUUACUUUAAUGACUGUGGUUCUACUUUCAAUGUUGAUUAAAAUUAUAACAUUUUAAUGUAAUGAUGUUUUUGUUGUUUGCAUCGAGUGUCGUGGGAUUUUAUUCCCCGUCUUAAGUUCCACGUGACGGGCUUGUGCUUGAUGUGCCAUGCUAAUGUAAAGUGUUUCAUCUGGGGGGAAAAUCCACGAGGGAUUGAAUACAAUACCAGUCUUUAUUAAUGCAGAUGAACUGCUCAUGUUAUUACUGCCUGGUGGAGUGUAUAAAGCAUUGGCAAGGUAUAAACUAAACUUUUUUUAUUUGACCAGGUAAGGCCCACUGAACUCUAGCUCUUUUUCAGAAGCGAUAUGGCCACAAAUGAUAGCUCAACAGAAGUGGCUUAUGUGGAAAUGUAGAGCAUCCAAAAAAUGACAUCUUGAUCUAUUGUUACUGUGCAAGUUGGCUUCAUUCUAAAACAGCCGGCAUGAAAAUAUCUAUUUUGGUAGAAAAAAUCUACGAUGUGUAAAUUCUGCUGUGAAAUAAAUAGCUCGGAAAAUGG